AUUGAGCUAAACCAUUGCAUUGUGAACCACAUAGCAGAGCACACGUGAGUUAGUACGGCUCUAGGGAUCAACAGAAAUGAGGGUAGCCUAAGCAGCAACAGCCAUCUAUUUUAACUUGGUGCUAAGUGCAGGCGGUAGUUCGUUGCACGGGCAGAAAUGUGCAUUUGGGACCUGUAGCAUCAACUCCAACGGAUCUCCUAUUUGAAACUUAUGACUUCAUUUCCCGCAUAAUUUUCUGCGUCUUUUUCCAAGGACUUGCAAGUGCAUGCAUGGGCUUUAUCAUUUGGUUUAGGGGCUACCAAAAAGGCUAUACCCUAACAGUUAGAUCAUCGGAACAGCCAGCCUGCAUUGUCGGGUAAUUUGUUUAUGAAAGGUAUCUUGGCACACUGUCUGACAUUAUUGACUGGGCAGACAUUUCGUGUGAUGGGACUCUUCAAACUCUGAAGUUCGUUCCAGUCAUUGGCAGCAGAGAACUGGAAGGAAAGGUGACCAAAUGAAGAAUUGGCUUUGGGGGUGACCAGUGAAAUAUACCUGCUGUUAAGUCUGCCGGCAUUGAGUGCAUCUGAAUUGGGAAGAGAGGGUAGAGGACAGAGAACACUGGGAAACAAGAGGAAGAGAGGAGGAGGAGAAAAAUGGAGGCCAUAUCUUUAGAUCAGUCUGCGACGGUGGAUGAGCUGGUGGAAGCGUGCAUCCAAGCCUUUGAUGAGACGGGCACUUUGAAGGACCCCUCCCUAGUGCGUAUGUUUCUUAUGAUGCACCCUUGGUACCUUCCCUCUACCGACAUGGCAAAGAAACUACUGCUCAAAUCACAGGAGGAGAGCUGCACUGCUGAGCUCAGGACAAGAAUCUGCCACUUGGUGAAGUACUGGAUCAGUGAGUUCCCAGCGGAGUUCAAUCUGAACCCAGAGCUGGCAGAGCAGAUCAAAGACCUCAAGGACCUCUUGACCACUGAGGGGAACGAGCGGCAGAGUCAGCUCAUCGACAUCGACAGUGUGCCGUCAUACAAGUGGAAGCGUCAGGUGACCCAGAGGCAGCCAUCCAUGUCUAAGAAGAGGAAGAUGUCUCUGCUGUUUGACCACUUGGACUCCAGCGAGCUUGCCACACACCUCACAUACCUGGAGUACAAGUCCUUCUGCAAGAUACUGUUCCAGGACUACCACAGCUUUGUGAUGCAUGGCUGCACGGUAGACAACCCCAUCCUGGAGCGCUUCAUCACACUCUUCAACAGUGUGUCUCAGUGGAUCCAGCUGAUGGUGCUCAGCAAGCCAACCGCCCCCCAGAGGGCUGCAGUCAUCUCCCACUUCAUCAGAGUGGCUCAGAAACUGCUCCAGCUUCAGAACUUCAACACUCUGAUGGCUGUGGUGGGGGGGCUCAGUAACAGCUCCAUAUCUCGCCUCAAAGACACCCAGUCACACAUCAGCAACGAGACCAACAAGGUGUUCAACAGCCUGAUCGAACUGGUGACGUCGUGCGGCAACUACAGCCAGUACCGACGUCGUUUCGCCGACUGCACAGGCUUCCGUUUUCCUAUCCUGGGCGUGCACCUCAAGGACCUGAUCGCCGUGCACGUGGCGCUGUCCGACUGGGCCGACCCGGGCAAGAGCAGGGUCAACCUGGCCAAGAGCCAACAGCUGUAUGUUAUCCUCCAGGAGUUGGCGCUGAUCCAGACCACGCCACCCAGCAUCGAUGCCAACACAGACCUACUUAACCUACUUACGGUGUCUCUGGACCAGUACCACACAGAAGAGGAGAUCUACCAGCUGUCUCUACAGAAAGAGCCACGCAGUGCUAAACCGGCGAACUCCGGCUCCGCCCCUGCUCCUGCCCCCAAGCCAUCGAUGAUUGACGAGUGGGCUGCGUCGGUGAAGCCCAAAGCCGACCCUGCGGUCAUCAACAAACACAUAGAGAAGAUGGUGGACUCUGUCUUCAAGAACUUUGACACGGACGGGGACGGUCACAUCUCCAGGGAGGAGUUUGAGAUCAUCAGGAACAACUUCCCCUACCUCAGCAAGUUUGGAGAACUGGACAAAAACCAAGAUGGGCAGAUCAGCCGGGAAGAGAUGAUCGACUACUUCAUGAAGGCCAGCUCUCUGCUCAACUGUAAGAUGGGCUUCAUCCACACCUUCACAGAGACCACCUAUGUCAAACCCACCUUCUGUGAACACUGCGCUGGCUUUAUAUGGGGCUUCUACAAACAGGGAUACAAGUGUAAAGCGUGUGGAAUUAAUUGUCACAAGGCGUGUCGAGGUCGUCUGGCUGUGGAGUGUCGUAAACGGACCAAGAGCAUCAGCCAUGAGCAUGCCCCCUCCCUUCAGGCUCGCUCCUACAGCUUCCCCCUCCCGGCCAACACCCCACCCAGCCUACAGAACACAGUGAUUGUAGAGGAAGAUCUCCAGGCAGUGGAGGAAGGUGUGUUUGAUGUCCAUCUAUAACCAGAUGAUAACCAAUAGGCAGACCUGGUCUGUUAUGUCCCUUCAGAAGUCCUGCGUACUCUGGCAUUCAUACAGCCAAACACUGCCAGGAGGAAACAACAGUAGUCGGGAGCCAGAAGCCUGCCGGGGUCUGUUCAGCAGGGUACAACGUUACAUAGCGCAGAUAUAAAUGUAUCAUCUAGUACAAAUAUGAUUGUCUGUCGUGUAGAAGAGGGAGUCGUUUCAGCUCUAUCUAUUCCAUUUCUAUCUGCAACAUUCAGACUGCCAUUAGGUAGAACAGAUAUGAUUGUCUGUCGUGUAGAAGAGGGAGUCGUUUCAGCUCUAUCUAUUCCAUUUCUAUCUGCAACAUUCAGACUGCCAUUAGGUAGAACAGAUAUGAUUGUCUGUCGUGUAGAAGAGGGAGUCGUUUCAGCUCUAUCUAUUCCAUUUCUAUCUGCAACAUUCAGACUGCCAUUAAUUAAGUAGAACAGAUAUGAUUGUCUGUUGUGUAGAAGAGGGAGUCGUUUCAGCUCUAUCUAUUCCAUUUCUAUCUGCAACAUUCAGACUGCCAUUAAUUAAGUAGAACAGAUAUGAUUGUCUGUCGUGUAGAAGAGGGAGUCGUUUCAGCUCUAUCUAUUCCAUUUCUAUCUGCAACAUUCAGACUGCCAUUAAUUAAGUAGAACAGAUAUGAUUGUCUGUCGUGUAGAAGAGAGAACGUUGUCCACUUUAUUCAAGGCAUGUCACACACAGAGCGAGAGAGAGAGAGAGAGAUGCCGCCACAUAGUGGAAAAAUACUGCAAAUGCAUACCUUACAUUUACUCAAGAUUUAAACUCCCUCAAUUUAAGUGCAUUUGUACGAAAUGUCUUUCUGUGUUAAAUCUAUAUUUUAAAAUCAGUACGUAGGCCCAUGUUUUCAUAUCUCUUACAUAGUUUAAACACUGAAUACAGACAAUAAAAUCCCAUUGUGUUUAAUGUAAUGUUAUUACCUUCAAGUCUAAGUGGUAUGUUUCAGCUCUGCAUUUAGCUACCUGUUGUUAUUAUUAUGUCUAUAUCAAUAACCUAAACGAUGUCUCUCCAAAAUAUAAGAGGUGCUGUUAUUGCCAAGAAAGAAUGCAAAGGCUACAUGCCACCUGGACUUCCAACUGCUUUCUCUGGAAAAAAAGCUUUUUCUUUGUCGGAGUAUCUUGGUAUCUUGCUUCUUUGUAAACGUUAUGGGAGAAACUUUAAAACACACGGUGUGUUUGAUGUCAGAGAUGAAAUGUUUCAGCUCCAGAACUACUGCUGCUUUCGUGGAUUGGGUAUCAAACCGCUAUCUAUCACAACAACAACAACAACUACUCAUAUGGACUGUGGAGCGUACAUCCUGAAUUUGAAUAGCAUUUGAAUGCUGUUGUAUUUUUGUCCUCCUGUUUACCUGAAUAUCAAUGCUUUUCCUAUGGUAAUUUGACUGUGGUGUGUGUAUGCACGGUAUACUGUUGUAAUACUGUUAUGUUUCAGUGCACCGACACGGGACCUUUCCUCUCUCAGUAACUUUCAAUGUAGUUUGAAACGGUGAAUGUAUCACAUUGUCCUGAGAAUUGACAUCUAUUUUAACGUCUAUUUUAAUACGAGACAUGUAAGUCUAUUGUCUUGUCAAGCAUGCUUCAAGGGGAUCCACAUUUGCCAAAAUGUCUCAAGUGUAUUUUUAAUGUCGCACGUAUAUAUAUAUUUUUUAAUGGCAACAUGAAAUCCUGUAGGCGAGAGACUCUCCUCAAUGUAUUAGUUUGGGGUCUGUAUCCUCUGAGGGUCAGUCCCACAAUGUUCGCUGUUUAUGUAUCUUUGAAUGAAGUACUUCCUCUGGCUUUCAUUAAUACUGUAUAGUAUAUCCUGCUUCUUUACUUAUGUCCAAAACUAAACUGCCAGCCCUACCAUGGCAGUUUCUCCUGGACAAGGGUAUAAUUUGUUACAGUAAGGGAACUAAUGCUUUAAUUUGAUGUCAUGUUGGUAACUCUGUGGACAUGUCUCUGCUGUUCCUGUGUUAAAUGCAGAAUGCGUCACUCUGCUAUUUGUUUUAAGAAAGAUGUACAACAUGAAAGGACUAAUAGCACAGCAACCCAGUGACGCACCGUGUGUGUUUGUGACUCUUACAGAAUUCAUGCCCGCCACCCAUUCCUUAUUUAAAGUUUAUAUCUAACCCACUUUCCCUACCAUCAUAUAGUUGCUUGACGUCCGGUAUUGGAAUUCUUAACCAGCCGGCCAUGCGCUCUGUUAUUACCAAAGAAACUAAGGGCUCUAUUCAAUCCGUAUUGCAGAAGUUACAGCGUGAUUGAAAUUUAAAGGCAAUGUUCCUGCGUUAGCCAAGACUGCAUUCACCUUAAACGUAGUAUGUGGCGACUCAAUCGGAAAUUAAGUUUGCAUUUCUAUCGGGCAAUCUGUAACGCUCCAGCUUCGCCCUCAUGUGGGUGCUAGCAAGCAGGCAAGGUAGUGCUAGAUACCAACAUCCAAUCAAGCCGUGUCUGGAAGCUAUAGUGAGCUUUGCUUGGACAAUAGCGUUGCGAUAGCGCAGAGUAUUUGCAUAAAGUUCAGCUUUCCCCAACUUUGGUCCUGCCUUGUUCAAGCUCCCUCGCCCAUGUUCGCAUCGCCCAACAGUCCCCCCCCCCCCGCACACUUCACUUCCCUCCUUUGAAAAUGAACGGGCUCCGUUGUUUCAUCGCCCCCCAAUUUGUUAUGUGGAAAUGCACCGUCAGUCGAUAACCUCUAUUUGAUUCCUCAGCUUCCAUCUCACACAUUGAUUCAUGCAGCUAUUUCAUCUGAUGUUAUUGUAUUGAAUAUUUCUGAAUUCUCUCAUGUGGGAUGAAUGGAGAGUUCUUCUCACCUUGCAGUCUCUUAGUCUUGUUGCUUCAUUGACUGAGCGGGGAUGUUUCACUUAUUUUCUUAGCUGAGGUGUAAUUACAUUAGCAGAGUUGUCAAGGACUGUCUGAACUGAUUGUUAGAAUGUCCUUAGAACACACACACACCGAGGCCUGUGUUCACGCCUGUACUAAUCAAAUGAAUUAGGAAUAUAGUGAACUGAUUACA